AUGGCAUUACUUUUAAGUGAUAUUUUUUCCUAUGCUAAAUGCUCAGUCAACUCAAAAAAUGCAAUUGAGGGUGAACAAGUUUUAAAUUCGAAACAAAUUGUGCUUUGUGGAAAAUUAGUGAAGGAACAAAUAAUCACUAUAAAAGCACUAAUUAUUCAAACAUCUCAUAUUCGAGAAAUGCCACACGAAGUGAGUGGUAAUUUUAAAUCAGGUGUUCAAUUAGAAAUAAUUCAAGUAAAAUGUACUUGUGCAGCUGGGGCAUCAGAAUGUUGUAAAUAUGUUGUAGCAAUACUUUUAUAUUUAAAUAGAACUCCAAUAUCUGAUAUUGAUACAUUAUCAUCGACCGAUGUUAGAUGUGAGUGGUCACGUUUAAAGGAACCAUCUUUACAACAAUAUUCUCCUGUUCCCAUUAAACAAUUUUGUUGUUGCAAACCAAUAAUUGUUCCAACCUGUAAUAGAGAACUAUCAGGUGAAGACAUUAGAUCAGCUUUUGUUUUUGCUUCGCCACUUUCAGCUUUAGCUUUACAUACUAAAGGUAGAAAUUUAAUUUGUACUGAAGAAGGGAGAUUAAAGAACAUUGAUGCUGAUUCUAAUAUUGAAAUUGUUUUGACACCUAAUAGUUUGCUGGAUAUUGUUCAUAAUUUUUCUGUAAAUGAACUUAAAAAUUGCUGUUUAGCUAGAUAUUCCAAAUUAUUAGAUAAGCCUACAGAGUAUAUAAGAAAUAAGUCUCUUAAAGAUAAAGUCUAUUGGAAAGCUGUAAGACAGUUUAGGAUUACAGGUAGCCGGUGUUAUUCACUAUACACCUAUAAUAAAUCUCAAAAAACUGAAAAACAGUGGGCACUUAAGGCUAGUAGAUAUUUUUGGCCAAAAACAUUUACCAAUAAGUUUGUAAAGCAUGGCAUUGAGUUUGAAAGUAUAGCAAGACAAUUUUAUUCAAAAACUAAUAACAUAAAAGUUUAUGAAUGUGGAUUUAUUACCCAUUCAAUAACACCUUGGUUAGGGUACUCACCUGAUGGUGUAAUUUUAGAUGCAAACAAUAAUCCUAUAAAACUAAUUGAAAUAAAAUGUCCUUUUAAAGGAUCAUAUCAGAGUCAAUUAGAUAUGCUUAGUGACCUAUCUUACAUAAUAAAAAAACCUAAUGGUAAACUGGACUUAAAACAAAAUCAUGCAUAUUAUGCACAAAUACAGCUUGGGCUUGUAAUGCUAAAUGUAACACAUUGUGAUUUUAUAAUUUAUAGUAGCUUUGAUAACAACUAUCAUGUUAUUCCUAUAGAUAUUAAUUAUGACUACUGCAAACGUAUGCUUUUAAGUUUAAAAAGUGUUUAUUUUGACAAAUUAUUGCAU